AUGCCUCUUGGUACGAUGCUGAAGGUAAUAUUAUAGGCAUACCAAGUUUUUGAAUUCCCUCAAGAUCGUUUACGAGACCAGGUGGUAGACUGCCGUGAAAAACUGGACAAGCAAACUCCAACAAGUAUCUAUUAUACAAUAACGUUAAGAAUUCAAGCGCUUUCAUUGGUCGAGAGCCAUGAUUAUUAGAAGACAGACACACGGAAUUACAUCACACAAACCUUAUCCAAUCGCAUUCCCUUAAUUGUAUAGAUCAUGUGCGCAUGAUACUUGUAAAAUUUCGACUUUUUCAAAUUUCCAAAUGUUUGGGUGGAUAAAAAGUAAACUAUUUACCUGUUUAAUUCGGGGGUUUUCUUUUUAUAUGGCGGAUCGUGAGCCACUGUUCUGUUCAUCCCACAUUAUGACGUCACACUGUGUAUCUAUAACAAAACAGACAACGGCAAAAUCUUAUCUAUUUGUUAAACACGAUUUAAACAAUUGGACUAGUUGCUUACUACCUAUUUUAGAGUGUCUUAACUGAGUUGAAAAAUAGAGUCGCUCAGAUGCUUUCUUUACAAUUGCGUAAACAUGUUUGUUCCCCAUAUGUUAUGAUCACAUUUUGCAAGUGCUUAUAGUGUUAUAGUUAUAUAUGGACACGAUAUUAUAUGGUUCUAUAUUUCUUCUGAUAUAGUCAACUAAGAACGAAAAGUUUCAAUAAACAUGGGAUCGAUCAUGCAAGGCCCAUGGCCACGUGCGUCCUCCUUAAUUUUCACCGAGUGAAAAUGGCUCUGCAUGGGGACAAAAAUGACACAACUAUUUAUGUUGUAUAGUUAUGUAUGUAUAAUAUAUGAGAGACAAAAGAGAUUUUGAAAAAAAUUUAUAUACAGGUGCAAAUAAGAGAGAACGCAGAAAUGAGCGCAAUAACAAAUAAAGCAUAAAUAGUCUUUUGAAACUAAAAAUCUGUAAUUUAUAUCAAUGACAAUAUUAAUAGGAUUAAUGCCGAAAACGUAAUGGGGCAUUUUUUGACAUCCAGUAGAAGUCAGCAAUUAUCCAAGGAAGGCUAAGGAAACAAACGUUGUUGGGGUAUGCAUGAAGAUUUUAAAACCACAGUGUCUCAUUUUCCAUAAAAUAUCUUUAUUACAAGAAAUCCCAUCUUGAUCAACUUUUUCACCGUCAAAGUUUCACGAUAUGAUAUCAUAUUGAUCAAGAUGAGAUUUUUUUUACUAUAAAGACACAUUACAUUUCUUCUCAGAAUGACCCAAAUAUUACAAAUACCAAAAAUUAUAUUUGGGGUUAGUGGCACUUUAAGGAGGUUCCCUACAGUUUCCAAUAUAUGUCGGUGUUUUAAACUAAAAGCUAUUUGAAUCUAAAAAACUAUUUAUUGCACAAGACAUUGGUUCCUCUUAUAUAAAAAAGUAAUUUUAACCCACAAUCGCUACUCUUUACGUUACCAUGACAACAUGACGUCACCAUCUGUAUGGCCUAUGUCAACCAAAAAAGCCGUCUUAGCGGACAAAUAACCACGGUGACCUACCUUUUUAUUGCAGAAAAUACAUGGUUAUAUAUGAAGUUCUGAAUCUUUUUUGAAAGUUAUUUGAAAAUCGCUAGUGUAGUUUUCGAGAAACUGAAUUUCAGCCUUUAAGAUUGCAUUUUAACCCUUGGAAAGGCUGAAAUUCAGUUUCUCGAAAACUACACUGGCGAUUUUCAAAUAACUUUUAAAAAAGAUUCAAAACUUCACAACAAUGUAUUUUCUGCAAUAAAAAAGGUAUAGGUCACCGUGGUUAAUUUGCCCGCUAAGACGGCUUUUUAUGUGAUAUACGCCAUAUAGAUGGUGACGUCAUGUUGUCAUGAUAAAACACCGAUAUAUAUUGGAAACUGUAAGGAGCCUCCUUAAUAGCAUAUCAACAUAUGUUCAACGUAAAUAUAAGAAAGGAAAUAAACCUUUCUCGCCGUCUAAAGUAUUCUGUAUAAAACAUGCGCAUCGUGUCUGACAUGUAGCACGCGGUUAAGACAACAAAACAAUUAUUCCUAGUCGAAUUCAAUACGGCGGAUUUAUGAAUUCAGUAUGGCGGUAUUCAAGUAGUCUCAUUUGAUAUUUCGUAUAUACACACGUGAUACAAAAACUGAAGACUAAAUUUGAUUGUAGCUUGAGCAAUUGAAGAAACAAAUCGAAAGUCAAGAAACAAAAAUUCAAAAUCAAGAAAACAAAACCAACAUUCAAGAAAAGAAAAUUCAAAAUCAAGACAACAUAAUUCAAAUUCAAGGAAAGCAAAUUCAAGAUCAAGGAAAGAAAAUUGAACAUCAAGAAAAGAAACUUCAAAAUCAAGAAACAAAAAUUCAAAAUCAAGAAAACAAAACAAACAUUCAAGAAAAGAAAAUUCGAAAUCAAGACAACAUAAUUCAAAUUCAAGAAAAGAAAAUUCAAGAACAAGGAAAGAAAAUUCAAGGUCAAGAUAAUAAAAUCAACAUUCAUGAAAACAAACUUGAAAGUCAAGAAAAGAAAAUCGAAAGUCAAGGAAAUAUGAUUAGAAAGCUAGAAAAACAAUAUCAAGGUAACAAAAUAAAAAGAUAAUAAAAAUGUUAAAGUUAUAGAAAAUCAAACGUCCUGAAAUCGAGUUUCCGGAAAAGUUAUAUAUGAAUUCUCUCGUUUGCAACAAUUUAUACAACGUUGCGAGAAUAAUCUACAUGUUUCUAAUGAAUAAUCUACAUGUUUAGGCUACUUAGUUUGAAUAUUUUACACAAGGCUGCCAAACAGUCUGAAGAGAGCUAUUUUUGUAGUAUGACAAACCCGGAAGUCUAAACACGUCACAAAAUACAAAACUGGUUUUGCAAUUAAGUUUUCAAACGGCAAGUCGGCAUGGAAGUGAGAUUUAUAUCGCGUGCCACCAGAGGUUCUCUUCGCCGCUUCGCCUCGCGUAAAAUAAAUACGAGCGGGAAUAAAGGCCGUUUUCCACUUCGCCCGUAUCGUACCGGUGAGCAUGCGCAGCUUGAAGAUGGGUUUUCAAAUUUACGUACUUACGGUUGAUUCGCGUAUCAAAAUAAAAAGUUAGUCGCAUGCAAGUCAACUUUUUAGAGUACUACGGAAAUAUUAACCAAUAAACAUUCACUAAAUUUUGAAAUUUAAAAUGUGUUUUGAUACGUGUCGGUACGUUACGCUUGAAGUGGAAAACGGCCUGAAGGAGGAUAUGAGAACCUCUGGCAACCAGGGUAGACACCGGAAGGACAGCUUUUGAAGUUAAAGUGAUUUAAAGUAUAAAGAUUUCCAAACCAAAACGAAAAAUUGUUGUUUUAUAGAUAUUAUGAACCGCGCUAAUAUGGCACAUCUACAUUCUCCAGCUUGUUCAAUAUUACGAAAAAAUGUCCAUCAUCAACUAGCAGAAUGUAUCAUUUAAAUCCUGAGAGAUUCAGUUCGAUACAUUAACUCUUUUCAAAGCUGCACGGCACCACUACUGUACAUCUACCCUGAUUAUAAGCUGUAGCCAGAAGAGUAUUAAGCUUCUGCGUCGCAGGAAUUAUUUUUGAGUUUAUCAGCUAAUUCAAAACAAACAAAAAAAUUAUUUUGUUUUCUCAGAUAUUGUGAAGCUUAUUGACAGGUUACAUUCACCGACGUCUUGUUCAGCUUUGUUAAUAAAACACCCUUCAACACGCAGUGGAAUGUAUUACAUUAAUCCCAAAGGACUCAGUUCACCGCCAUUGGUUCAAGUAUACUGUGAUAUGACGUCAAAGAAUCGUGUUGGUGUGACGGUGAUUGGACAUGAUAGUGAAUCAAGAACGCUUGUGAAGGGAUAUGAUCCUGCGGGUUCUUACAAACGAAAAGUUAAAUAUGAUAUUUCCAUGGAACAUAUUGUUGCAAUUAUGAAGCAGUCCAAAAGAUGUGAGCAAUUUAUAAAAUAUGAAUGUCAAGGUAGGCUUUUAUGGCACUUGGGAUUAUAUUAUGGUUGGUGGGUAUCACGUCAAGGCACAAAGAUGAAUUACUGGGGCGGCGCGGCCGUCAACAGUGGAAAAUGUGCAUGUGGAAUGACCAACAGCUGUGCAAGUGGAGGAAAAUGUAAUUGUGACAAGAAUGAUGCCAUAUGGCGUGAAGACAGUGGAUAUCUGACAGACAAGAACACACUACCUGUUACUGAAUUGAGAUUCGGAGAUACCGGUCACCCUAGUGAGGCCGAGAAAGGAUACCACACAUUGGGGAAAUUGCAAUGUUGGGGUUAG